AUGGGACGAAGAACACUGUCACAGAGAAAGGGAAGAGGAUCAAUCUUCAAGUCACGAAGCCAUCAUAAGCUUGGAGUAGCACAACACCGUGCCAUUGAUUUCUUCGAGCGCCACAGCACCGUUCGUGGAUUAGUCCAAGAGGUCAAACACGACCCAGGAAGAGGUGCCCCACUUGCUAGAGUCGUUUUCAGAAACCCACGCCAAUAUGGUGUUGACAAAGAACUUUUCAUUUGUGCCGAAGGUAUCUACAGUGGUCAGUACAUUUACUGUGGUGCUAAAGCUUCCCUUCACGUCGGAAACGUCUUGCCAAUUGGUCAAUGCCCAGAAGGUACCGUCGUCUGCAACGUCGAAUUGAAGCCAGGAGACAGAGGACACUUGGCCAGAGCCUCUGGAAACUACGCCACUGUCAUCUCACACAGUGCUGAGACUCAAACCACCAGAGUUAGACUCCCAUCAGGUGCUAAAAAGACUUUGAAGAGUGCUUGCAGAGCUAUGAUCGGUCUCAUCGCCGGUGGUGGAAGAACUGAGAAGCCAAUUUUGAAGGCUGGUGUCGCUUAUCACAUGUACAAGGCAAAGAGAACUUGCUGGCCAAGAGUUAGAGGUGUAGCAAUGAAUCCAGUCGAACAUCCACACGGAGGAGGAAACCAUCAACACGUCGGACACCCAACAACCAUCAAGAGAUCAUCUCCACCAGGCCAGAAGUGUGGUAAAGUUGCUGCCAGAAGAACUGGUCUUAUUCGUGGUGGUAAUAAGGAAGGUGCUGCUGAUAACUAA